UACCAAUAAAAAUUAAAAAUUAAAAAAAAAGUAAAGAGAGAGAGAGUGUGUGUGUGGAGAAGCCUCAUCCUCAUUUAUCUGUCUGUGUUUCUCUAUUAUUUUUCUUUGAAUGAAGUGAUUACUCUCUUGAAUCUCCAUAGCCAGAGCAAAGUCCAGGGUCGAUCUGCAGAACACAGAGAAAUGGCAAUCUACUUGCACUGGAUUAUUAUCGCAUUUCUGGCGGCUUCAGCAGACGCAGCCACCACAUAUACAGUCGGAGACGCUACUGGUUGGGCAGUUCCUACUAACAUUUCCUUCUACGAUAAUUGGGUUGCUGAUAAGUCGUUUGAGCCUGGAGACUCGCUAGUAUUCAACUGGACAUCUACACACAAUGUACUGGAAGUGACAUCAAAGGCUGAAUAUGAUAGCUGCACAAAAACAAAUGGAAUACUCAAUGAAACCAGUCCUGUAACCAUCAAUUUGACAGCAAAUGGAACCCUCUACUUCAUCUGCACCAUCGGCCCUCACUGCACAUUGGGUCAGAAGGUGACCAUUAAAGUUGGCAAUGGAGUUUCAACGUCACCACCACCAUCAAACUCUGCCAAUCCACCCUUCACCAUCAGUGCCUUUUGGCCACUUCUCUCUGCUAUUCUCAUGUAUUUCUUCGCUUCUCCUGCCCACAUUGUCUACUGAAUUGGCUACUUUUAUAUGUGUAUUAAUUGUGUACCUUUACUUAUGGAGUUGUUAUGUGUAAGUUGUAUGCUUUCUUGAGAUUCGCUUAUGCUAUUUACUUGUUUUCUUUGCUUUUGGGUUUUGUA